GGGGUUGCCCUUGUAGUAGUAUAUACAGUGAUCGAGUGCAAGACGAGACAUGGAGUCGGAAUCUCUCAUAGCAGAUGGGGCUGGACGCGCCGCAAAGACCAGCUACAAUGCGGCGCCAGCUGCCGCGCCCGAUAGCGGGCCCAAGUUCACAAGAAAGACGAUCUUUGGAGACGUACGGAAUUGGAGACGGUUCGCAUGGUUCGAAUGGGUGUUCGUUGCAGUCGCCUCUCUCACCAUUCUCACCAUCCUGGGGGUGUCUAUCCAGCGGUUCGUCUACUUUCAGCAGCAUUUUACCAACAUCAGCGUGCUCAAUUCCAGUGAUUCUGAUAAGCAUUCCUACUACCACUACUACUGUAGCAACUGGACUUGCACCAACGACUUCAUUUUCACCGUUGUGCUAGUCCUAAAUAUAGCAUUUUCAGCUCUGUACGUGGUGCAUGGUCUUCUUCAAGAGAGGAUGUUUGCGUUGGUGGCAUACUCUGUCACGGUCGUGGUGAUCAUGCUCUACGUCAUAGUCAACUACUCGACCAAGGGAGAGAGAGACUCGCUUCUGGAGCCUCUCAGAUUGGUUCGUCUGGUUCUGGUGGUGGUUGGUGGUCCCAUAAACAUUGUCCUCUCCUCCAUCAUCUCCUACAGAAUGGGCUUCUUCAUCUUCACUACUGUCGGAGUCAACACGACACUCAUCAGUUAGUUAGCCCUUUCAGAGCAAACUGACAAAGUUUUUUUUAGACUUUGUGGGCUGGGGCCAUUUGUAUGCACCUAUUCCUAUCUCGCCCAAAUUUCGCUGUCCCCCCUGAAUAAAGGUGUCAACGAUUUCGCAUUUUUUGUAGGCACAAGAGUGGAAUAAAAGACAAACCAACUAUCCUUAAUACUUCGACUAAAGUUGGAGUAUGGAAUGGUAACAUCUUGCUGCGCCUAUCCCUAUCUCGCCCAAAUUUCGCUGUCCCCCCUGAAUAAAGGUGUCAACGAUUUCGCAUUUUUUGUAGGCACAAGAGUGGAAUAAAAGACAAACCAACUAUCCUUAAUACUUC